AUGAUUAAACCUAGUGAUCCUCGGUUGAAAGAGAACGUCGAAAAGGCAGCUAAGAAAGCCGAAAAGGAGAAAGCAGCAGAAGAGAAAAAGGCCGUAGCACAAGUAUCUUCAUCACUAUUCUUAUCCCACAAUACCGACUUGGGUCCGCCUUAUCGUAUACUUGUGGAUACCAAUUUUAUCAAUUUCUCAAUUCAGAACAAAAUUGAAUUGGUACAGGGUAUGAUGGAUUGCCUGAUGGCUAAAUGUAUACCUACCAUAUCGGAUUGCGUAUUGGCGGAACUGGAGAAAUUGGGUCCUAAAUAUAGAUUGGCUUUGAGGAUAGCGAAGGAUCCCAGAUUUGAGAGAUUACAUUGUGAUCACUCAGGUACAUAUGCAGAUGAUUGUCUGGUAAAUCGUGUGACUGUACACAAAUGUUAUAUAGUCGCUACUUGCGACCGAGAUCUUCGUCGUAGAAUCAGGAAAGUACCAGGCGUACCAUUGAUGUACGUCGCGAAAAGGAGAUAUCAGAUCGAAAGACUGCCAGAGUAA